AUGGGUGAUUCAGAAGAGGGAGUCUAUUCUACACAGGCGCAAGACCUCGCUUUCGGAGUGCCUCUCCCACAACGAUGCAGGCGUAGAUUUCUACAUGCCAAGGCGAUCCAUAUCACUUUAAAUGACAUCCUCGGCUCUCCAUAUGUACCCCUUGUGGUGAGGUCCUUCUUUGUUAAUAGCGGAGCUAUGUCUCAUGAGGGGCGCUUCCUCCCGUUACUUGCGCGGUUCAGAAACUUUUAUCCCCACUGUGAUCUUCAAAGCCAGAGUUGCAGAUUGAUGGUUACUGAGCUGGCCGAUAGCCUCUUCAUUGAGUGCUCUUUCAAUCACGUGGUGGGUGAUGGGACCUCCUUCUGGAACUUCUUGAACUCCUGGUCUGAGCUCUCCAGAUAUAUCAAUGACAAGGGCGAAGCCCAUACCUUAUCUCCACCGCCUGCCAUUGAGUGGCUGUACCUUGCGACCAACCACCUGGUGUGCCUCAACCCUCCAAUUGACAGUUUGCCCUUGCCUCCAAAGCCCUCCCCCUCACCUUUUUACGAUCGACUCUUCUAUUUCCCAGCCCACUCAAUAUCCCACCUCAAAGACAAGGCUAACUCGCAAAAUCUCGAGGUUUUCCAAGCCCUCUAUGCCCAUGUUUGGCGUGCCAUCACUCGUGCCUGUGAUCUUUCAGGAGAACAAGAGACAUGGUGCGCUCUGCCGGUGUCAUAUCGUUCAAGGGUGGUCCCACCCCUAUCUCCCUACUUCUUUGGCAAUGCCAUCAGAUUGAUUUUCUUGCGGACAACAUCAGGAGAGCUUCUGGGUAGAGACCUUGGCUGGGGGGCUAACCUCAUUCAAGAUGCCAUAGCAAAGCAGACUAAUGAAGAAAUAUGCUCAUGGUUGGAGGCCAAUGCAAAGGCUCCAACCCUCUAUGAUUCUAUGGGGUUCACGACAUCUCCAGGUGUGGUGAUGGGGAAUUCGCCAAGGUUUGAUGUGUAUGGAAAUGACUUCGGCUGGGGGCUGCCGCUGGGUGUGCACGUGGGAUAUGAUAGCAGGUUUGAUGGCAAUUUUUUUGCUUUCCCAGCCAGAGAGGGCAGAGGGAGCACCGAGCUGCAUUUUUACAUGAAUCAAAAUGUUAUGGCUGCACUCGAGAGAUACAAGGAGUUCAUGGAGGCAGUGGAAGAUAAGGCCGAUUGAUUUAUUUGUAAGUGCAAAAAAGAGAGAAAUAGAAGUCUGGAUUAAAUGGUCUGUCUGGAUUAAAUGGUCUGUUUGACAAAACAGAAUCUAAAUAUUUCAAUUUUAGGAAAUGAAUAAAGGUAUUGGUUGCUUUUUCA